UGCGAGUUUGCUCAAGAGGUUGUGUGUUAAGCAUCAAAAACUAAUUGGGUACGUCGACGAUCUAAAAGAGUCCUUCAAAACUAUUAUACUAUUGGAGUAUAUAGUUUCUUCUCUAUCGUUUGCAGCACAAAUCUUGCAAAUUACGCUGGUAAGCAAUUAGAGUAAUGAAUCAAGCACUCGUCCCAUGUGAAUAGGAAUUUUCAAACUAACAUAAAUUUAACGAAAUAUCCGCUGUAACCAUAAAAAAUAAACAUCAUUUUCUAGGGCGCUCGACCUUUUUUUGCUUUUCUAUUGUUGACCUACACAGCUAUGCAAUUGCUUGUGUUCGCAUGGACUUCCAAUGAGAUUAUUAUUCAGGGGGGCGUCCAAGCACUUAGGCCACCAGAUGGGCCCGUUGUGCCCGCAGGCCGCUCUAGAGGGCGUCCAGAAUGCCGCCCCUCCUGUAGAAGGUCAGCAACUCAUUUAGCCCAAUACCGUGCACUGAGUCCGGAUCGAUCAGGGCCCUUCCGAAGACUCCCAAUAUUGCCCAUGUCAAGGCAGGGCACUCGAGUUCGGAAUUAGCAAGAGGCCUGUUCGAGAGCGACUGGUACCAGCACGACACCGAAACUCAAAUCAUGGUACACAUCAUGAUCGUGAGAUGUCAGAAGCCGCUAUGUCUGAGAGUUGGUCAUUUUGGGGUUAUGGAUUUGGAUGUUGGUUUAUCGGUAAGCCAAUAUCACGGUGGUGAUCUAAGUUCCCGUUUUGUUCACAAAAUAACUUACCACAUGAAAAUAUUUUUUUGUGCUCCAGUGGUUUUAAUGUUAGACAUUUGUUGCAGAGGCUCAAGUUGGCGUAUUCUUAUGCGUCGCUGAUGACUAACGGGACUUGAUAGAAACGUUAUUUGCAGCGAUCUACAUACUUUAAUGUGUGCUAAAAUAUUCGAUAUUUAGGCAUAUUAAAAAUUAUUUAGGGCACCAUUACUGUUAUCUUUAAUUAUUAAUUUGGUUUACGUAAACUCAGUACUCACUGGUACGCUAAAUGCAGGUCUUCUCUGCAACUACUAUAAGUAAAUAUUUCUUGUUCCAGUAGAAUAUGGUUUAUCUAGUCAAACCAAUGUGUUAACCUAAACAUGUAUAUCGAGUGAUAGAAAAAAUUGCCAAUGCUAAUAAUAAUAAACUAGAUAAUUAAUCUACAUUAAAACAAUCAAAUUUCAAAUCGCCAUGUAGGACCGUAUAAGGUUAUUUUCUCACACUCUUAAUUCAGCCGAUUUAUCAUUAUUUCUUACGCUUUUCACCUAUUCAUCCAAAAAUAACGCCUUCCGAUGAUGAUUUCUGACGUAGGCAUAUAAUGUUAAUGUUAUGUCAUUUUUAGGAGAUACAUAAUCGAUUUAUUAAAAAUCUUUUUUAAAUCAAACUCAGGAACAUUCUUUAUCUGGAAAAUAAUACACAGUCACGCCCACGCGCACAAACUUUUCCAAUAAUAUAGCAACGUAAAACAGUGGUUGAAAAGCCGAUAUCCCUUUUGAUUACACACCGACUCUAUAACUGAAUACUAGAUAUUUCUUUCCAUGCCACCCUUUAAUUAUCUGCGAGAAACUUUCCUCAGUCGGACUCCAUUGGCGUAGACAAAGAAAUCUGAAAUCUAUGUAUUUUGAUGUAAAUUGAUUAAUAUGCUGCUGGUUUCUUCAGAGCGUUUGUCUUGAAGCUGUGUCGCGGUUUAUAUUGACUGGGAUCAUUAUUUUAAAGUUUAGUGUCAUUAAAUAAUUCUUUUAUCAGCGUCAGAAACGAAAAAACGCCAGCAUCAUCUAUUUAAAACCAGAAUAUCGGUGACUUUAACUACAAAUGCGACGAAUCAUAAUAAAUAUUUCAAAAGAGUACACUAAAACUGACUACUAGUUCCAUUAAAAUAUAACAAAACUAGAAACUGCAAAAAUAAUAAAAAGGACGCCUAUGGGAGCCCGCCUCAAUCUGUUACUUUUCCGGACGUUAUUAUGAGAAUUGGAGAAACAUUUUUUAUAUUUUCUCUGUUGAUUUCGUCAUGUCAAAUGUGAACCACGAAAGCUUAACUCAGGAAUACUUCCGUUACGUACGGUGGCUCAUGAUAGUAGCCGGUAUUUGGAAAAUUGAAGUCGACGAAUUUUCACUUCCCAAGAAAAGGCUAUACCACGUCUACGCUAUAUUGGUUCAGAUGGUUUGUUCCUCCCCUAUGAUUUCUUACGUGUUUAACAUGCCUACUUUGUUAAAAACGGAUAAGCCUGCAGCAAUAAGCACCAUCGGUAUAAUAACAUUCUUUGGGGUGACACUGACCAAAAUGUUAAUAUGCCAAACGAAACCAAUCGUCAAACUGCUUCGACUAGCCUUGCAGCCGGAAUAUCAACAUGAAGGAGCCAUUAACGCCGAAAUGAAAGCGAUUUACGAAUGGCACAUAAGUUGCGACAAUCACGUCAUAUCAUUACUAUUUUUCGGCGCCACAUUUAUGGGAACGUUCGUCGAUGUAUUUGGUGACGUCAAUUGCUACAUGUACUUUAAAGAGCACAGGGGCAUAAACGUAACAGAAAAACCUGUACUUAUAAAUUAUUGGUAUCCGUUCGACAAGAACAAGCAUUACGUGUUUGUUCUGAUUGACCAGAAUAUUCGCGCAGUACUAGGUUGUCUAGUGGCGGCUGUAGUGAAUGCAUUCGUCAAUUGCAUCAUUAUUUUCGUGAGGCUCCAGCUGAAGCUAUUGCAGCACAGUUUUAGCAACUUCGACAAACUAGAUAAUAUUGAAGACUCGGACAUGCUGAAAAGGCUAUGCUUAAAGCAUCAACAAUUAAUUAGAUACGUUGAAGAUUUGAAUAAGUACUUUAGCACAAUCAUAUUUCUGGAGUACAUGGUUUCAUCCUUAUCGCUAGCUGCUCAAAUUCUGCAAAUAACGCUGGGCGUCAGGCCGUUCUUGGCAUUCAUACUAUUAUCUUACACAAUCAUGCAGCUGCUUGUGUUCGCGUGGACUUCCAACGAGAUCAUUAUUCAGAGUUCAGAAUUAGCGAAAGCUCUUUUCGAAAGCGACUGGUAUCAGCACGACAGCGAAGUGAAAGUUAUGGUGCACGUCAUGCUAAUUAGGUGCCAGAAACCUCUAAGUUUGAAGAUUGGUCCCUUUGGUGCUAUGGAUUUGGAUGUCGGAAUAUCGAGAUUGAAGCUGGCCUACUCAUAUGCAUCGCUUAUGGCCAACGGUGAAUGAAGAAUAUAUUUAUUUACUUCUAUUAAACUUGCUUUGAAUAUUUAAUUCAUUCUGUAACAGAGUUUUCAAGUGGAGCGUUGAAUCAAA